AUGAGUUUCCCUUCUGUUUGGCCCUGGUCCAAACAGUCGCCAGGCGACUACAAAAGUGUCGAGACAGAUUCGAGUGAUGAAGAGUACAAGUACAGUGACCAGUUAAAUAGCACUAGCUUGGUAGAUUCUGCAACGACUUCGAGUUGUGACCACGACGAAGAAGAGUCCGGAUGUCGCUGCUCAAGAGGACAAUCCAAGUCAUGGCCUGUUUUAGUGAAGGCCCUUGUUGGUGCAAACAUUCUUCUUUUUUUGGCUUCUACAGCGCUCUUCGUCGGCCGGGUGUACCAAUGGCCAACGCGACUGAACGGUGCAUAUAGACAAGUGACCACAUACUCGCCGGUUCUGGACGAUGUUGAAAUUCCUUUCGUCGAGAAGCAGAUCCAAGGUGGCCUGUUCCCAGCCGAAAAGACCGACGACCAACUCCUUGGUCGGAGAGAGCCCGGUCCAGAGACUGAUGACCUUUGGCUUGACUUCGAAAUUCAGCGGCCCUUCUUGCUAACACGAGAACAAGUUCUUGCCUUAGGCAAGGACCCCGAAAAGACGGUCAAAUAUCCCGACGAAGUCUUCGGUCUUGGUCCUGAGGCGUAUAUGGGCGGUAUGGAUGUCUUCCACGUUCUGCACUGCUUCAACACCAUCCGCAAAGAGGCAUUCAAGGACUAUUACUUCGAUGGCGAAAAGUACCAUAUGGAAGCGUAUGGAGAAGAAUCAACUCCACGGAGAGAACAUUCAGAGCUUUUCUGGAUCCAUAUGCGUCACUGCACGGACAUCAUUGUCCAGUUCCUGAUGUGCAAUGCAGACACCACGAUGACCACGAUGACUUGGCUGGAGACGCAGAGCAGGCCAUGGCCGGACUUCUCGGUCAAUAAGAAGUGCAUUGACUUUGACACAUUAGUCCGCUGGCGAGAUGAGAACGCGUUGGAUAUCAAGGACGCGGGAAUGGUGCGGAGACCACCGGGAGCCCCUGAGACCAAGAUUAGUGACAUGUAUUGGAGGAUUGUAGGGAAUGAGACGCACCCCGGCGAUAAAAUACAUCAUCCGAUUUGGGAUUGA